CAUUGGGCGGAAUCCGACCCGGUCGCGGACACGAAUGAAAAUGGUAUCAAAUGAAAGAGUAUACAUUCACCUAUCCUUACAUACCAUUAUAAUUUUAUUAAUCCAUGGGAGAACAAAGUUAGAACAAAAAAUAUAUUUACUAUUAAAUAUUAGUGAUCGUUCUGUUAAAUGGCUACUAAAGUGAAUAAAUAUCAAGAUCCAUUAUAUGUUUUAAACCAAAAAAUAUGUAUGAUUCAAUCUUAAUAUUUUAUCUUUAAAUAUUUUAAAUAUAAGGUUACCAAAUCUGUUAAAAACCCUUUUAUAAUAAUAAUAAUUACGAUAGAUUUGAAAAUGGAUGACUGACACGUAAAAUCACUAUGGUAACCAUCCUGAAGGCGAAAAUAAUAGCGGCUUUUUAGAAAUUAUUCUUUCAAUAAUUCAUCUAUUUAAGUGUAUUUAUAUAAUAUAAAUAUCUAAGUUUAUUUGAAAUGGAUAGACAAAAUAAUUGUGAAGUGUGUGCCAGAUCUGUGUUACGACGCAGAAAACACAUACUCACAGAAAUCUUUUUAGAAAGAUAUCGGAGUCACGCAGAGUUAUUAUUACAAGAACUAAUACCACGCGAGAUACCUUUUGAUGGUACAAAAUCAAUUUGUCAUCCUUGCUGGCAAAGAUUUGAUCGCGCUGUGCACAAUCAGCAUGCCCCAAAUAUUCAAGAUCAUCAAGAAAUGCCAGUCGAGGGUCAAGGUGCAAUUACUAUUCCUGGCUAUUUACGUGCAUCAAAUACUGCACGACGCUGCAUAUUUCAAAACUGCAGAAAUACUGUAACCCGAAGUGUACCUUUAUAUGCCAGAUUUUAUUUACUACAUAAUCACAAUUUAUAUAUACCCGAACUAGCACGGGCUUGUCAGCCACAUAUAAUGACAAAUGACUGGGACAUACUUGCAAAUGGUCAGAUAAUACACGAAAACUUUAAUAGUGCACACUUGCUAGACCUAAUAAAUCUGUACAAAUGGGGAUAUGACCGUCGAAACCAAAUGAAUUUCGAAAAUAUUGAUGAAUUUGGUGAUGACGAGCUGCAUUUUUGGACAUCUUUAACUAAAAUUCAAUUUAAUUCCAUUUUACAACGAACUCCUUCUCUUGGUACAAGAUCUGAUUGCCCUGCCACCGUCUUAGGGAUUUAUUUGGUAAAAAUAAGAACUGGCGAAUCCGACGAACGCCUGGCAUCUAAAUUCAACAUGUCUAGAAGAACAUUUGAAAGGAAAUUGCAAAUAGCUAGACAAUGCUUAAGUGAAGAUUUUAUGCCGUUAUAUUUAGGCUUGGACCAUUUAACUAGAGCUGAUGUAAUUACUAGAAACCUUUCGAUUCCAAGUCAUAUUUUUGGUGGUAAUCAAAAUGAAAAAGGAAUUUUCGUCAUGGAUGGCACGUAUUUAUAUGUGCAAAAAAGUUCGAAUUUUUUAUUUCAGAGAAAAACUUAUAGUUUACAUAAAUUCAAAAACUUAGUUAAGCCUUUUCUGGUGGUUUGCACUGAUGGCUAUAUAAUAGACGUUGUGGGGCCAUAUCCAGCGACAACAUCAGAUGCCUCAAUCCUGCGUCAUCUGUUAGAAAGUGAAGAAUCCCCGUGGCAUUGGUUUUUAAGACCUGGUGAUAUUUUUAUUUUAGAUCGCGGAUUUCGUGAUUCUAUUUCCAUAAGUGAAGAAUGUGGGUAUGUACCACAUAUGCCACCAUCUAGAGGAAGGGGAGAACAAUUGACGACGCCAGAUGCCAACAAGUCAAGAUUGAUUACUAUGUGUCGAUGGGUAAUCGAGGCCAUAAAUGGCCGUUUCAAGAAAGAUUAUAAAAUAUUUCGACACACGUACUUCAAUGUAGCUAUGCGAAAUAUGAUGACGGACUUUAAAAUAACUGCUGCUAUCAUCAACGCUAUCAGACGUCCUUUUGAAGAUAGUGCAUAUGUCGAUCAGUUCAUUAGCAUUAUAAAUGAUAGAAUGGGUAGAGAAAACGAACUGGCGCAAUUCGUUAUAGAAAAUAACAUGAAUAGACAAAGAGUUGCUUUCCUCCCAUUAGAUGGAAACAAUCCAGAUUAUAGAGACUUCCCACAAAUGACUUUGGAAGAUCUUACAUUAUUCACCUUGGGCAGCUAUCAUUUAAGACUGGCUAGGUCUUACUGUAAUGAGCACAUGAGACCAAAUGGUGUCUAUUUAAUAGAGCUCUAUCGGCAACGAGAGCUCUUAAACAAUAAAAUAUUAUUAAGAGGAAGAAUUCAGUCGCGACAUGUCAGAGCGCGACAGUAUUAUACCUAUAUUUUAAUUAACCCAACAAUACAAGGAAGACAAAGUGUUGAAGAUUAUUACUGUUCCUGUAUACACGGCCGCCGUACCGUCGGGAGCUGCGCGCAUAUUGCCAGCAUCGUUUAUUUUUUAUCCUGGGCUAGGCACCAAGAACAAAUUGAAGCCCCUGCGGUAUUUUUAGAUGAAAUUAUUGCAAUUGAUAUUGAUCAUGCCGAAUAAGUUAUUUGUAAUAUGUGUGUCACAAUGGAGGGUAGAAAUGGAACACUAGCGUCCCCCCUCGGCGCUCGACGAAGUCAAGGAUUCAUCGGCUGAGCGGCGUGUUGAUCACUUCUCGUGCAGCAGCCGACCAGUGCGGUCGAAUAUUGAACCGUCGUGUGUUUCAACUGUAUACCUAGUCUGUAACCUGUUAGUUUGAUAUUUUAACAGUUUAUUAUCUUUCAAGUACUUUGUAACCAUGUUUGCACUUUGUAAGUGACUGAGACAUCUGAGUUUGUUUCAGCAUUUCUUCUCAGGGUAAUCGGUAGAAAAUGCCGGCCCCAGCAGUAGCUUAAUAAAAGUAACAGUGCAAUGUACAGAAAUGAACAAUAAUAUCAUAUCGAAGACUUUCAGGUUUUGACUUUGACUUUGACUUUGAUUUUGACUUUGAUUUUGACUUUGACUAUUACUGCUAACCCACCCACAUGUAUUCCUGACAUCAGAAGAGAUCUCUUUUCACCGAAAAUCGAAAGUGAGAUAUCUACUAUCCCCGACAUGUAUAAGUAAUUUUUCCUCUAAACUCCCACAUCCCACAAGAAAGCGACCCUUACCAUGAUAAACUAGGCACAUUUUAUUCAUAUAUCCACACAA